AGGCAAGCUGGUUUGUUGCCGAAGCGCCGCAAGCGCCGUCUCCGGCGGAAAACGGCACCAACGCAGGUAGCGAGCAGUCGCUGCCGCCGCCGCCGCCGUGGUUGCCUUGGGGUGGAGUGUGUUGCGUGCGUUCGGCUCCGGAUGGGGUCACGGUGCUGCUGUUGUUGUGGUGCUUCCCGUGUCUUGGUGGUGCGCUCGUUCGGAUGACCAACGCUGGGCCAACGUGCCGACGCCGGUUGUGAUAUGUGCGCUCUCGAUGUGUGGCUAGGAAGAGUGCGACGACGACGAGCCGUUGGAUACCUGCGCGCCACGACAUGUUCCGCUUUCUGAGCAAGCGCUGGAGUCGGCAAGCCAGGGCCGACAAGGCGGGCGCUCCGUCUCCCAAGAAUGUGUUGCCCUGCAAAGUGGUCUUACUGGACGGCACUGACCUUAGCGUCGACGUCCCGAAAAAAGCCCUUGGAUCAGUGCUUUUAGAACAAGUGUUUUAUCAUAUUGACUUGAUUGAGAAAGAUUACUUCGGAUUACAGUUCACGGAUCCGUUCCACGUACAGCACUGGCUCGAUGUCACGAAACAAGUUCGGAAGCAAGUCAAGAUUGGGCCACCGUACACGUUGCAUUUAAAAGUGAAGUUCUACUCUUCUGAGCCAAACACUCUGCGUGAAGAGCUGACAAGGUAUUUAUUCUUCCUGCAACUGAAGCAGGACGUCCUCUCUGGGAGGCUGCCGUGCAGUUACCAGACGGCAGUCGAACUGAGCGCCUAUGCUCUGCAGUCUGAAUUGGGUGACUAUGACCCCGAGCAACAUACUCCAGAGUUUGUCUCCGAGUUUAGGUUCACGGAAGACCAGACCGAAGAUAUGGAACUAGACAUCAUCAAUGCAUUUAAAGAGCUGAAGGGUCAGACACCUGCUCAGGCUGAGAUGAACUACCUGAGCAAGGUUAAGUGGCUUGAAAUGUAUGGAGUUGACAUGCAUACUGUAAUGGGGAAAGAUGGCCAGGAAUACUCGCUGGGCCUCACUCCAACUGGCAUUCUAGUCUUUGAGAAGCAAACCAAGAUUGGCCUCUUCUUCUGGCCGAAGAUUACGCGGCUCGACUUUAAGAGCAAGAAACUGACGCUUGUGGUUGUGGAGGAUGACGAUGAGGGUCGUGAGCAAGAACACACAUUUGUGUUCCGCCUUUACAACCCCAAGGCAGCGAAGCACCUGUGGAAGUGUGCUGUAGAGCACCAUGCUUUCUUCCGGCUCAAGGAGACCAUGAGGGGGCCAAACACACGGCAGAAUUUCUUCCGCAUGGGCUCCCGUUUUCGAUACAGUGGGCGUACAGAAUUCCAAGCCACGCAGAAGAACCGUACAAGGCGCACUGUGCAGUUUGAGCGGCGCCCCAGCCAGCGAUACUCGAGGCGCACCACUAGAGAAAGUCGUCAUCGAGCAUCGCUUCCAAACUGUGUGGCCCUCAAUGCUGUAGACCCAGAAAACAGUGUAGAGGUGGCCCCAGUAGCACCACUGGAUUUAACAGUGGGACCACUGCUAAUUGAGAACAUGUAACAGAUGAUGUGCAAUCUGCCAGUCCCUGUUGUAGCUACUGGAGAGGCAGAAAACAGGCUGGACACCCUCAUUCGUUCCCUUGCCAAGGAAACAAGCUCAGCAUCAGACACCAGAAAUGACCUGACUGUCUACAAGAAAGGCGACAUUCCUGCAGACCCAGAACCAGAUGCUGAGGAGCUGAGCAGGAGGCUAAAGGCCCUGGACAGUAGCUGCAGUGGAAGUGGGACCAGCUGCAGCAGAAGCAAUAGCAACAGGAGCAACAGCAACAGCUCCGCAGGAAUGAGUGGUGUUGGUGGCAAGGACUGCUGUGCAGCUGGCACUGUCACUGUGGUUUCAUGUGGUGUCAAAAACAACCAGGCCAAGGCUGGUACAAGCAGUGGGAUGCCCAAGCCAAUACCACCUGACCAGAUGAAGUGCAACAUCCUCAAGGCCAAGGCGGAAGAAGACAAGCGUAGGGUGCCAAGUCUAGGAGUUGUUGGGGAAAAAGUGCCGUUGCUUUUAUCGGACGAUGAAGACGGAAAGCCACUUAUGGCAGAAAAGUACAAGACUGUCAUUCAUGUGAAUGGUGAAUCCAGUGAGUUUACUGGAGCCAAAGCAUCUGUGAAUAGAGAAAAGACAAGACACUGUGAUACGAAGGAUCUCUUGGCCGAUAGUACUGCUGUCCUCAGCAAUGGACAUGCUGGCGACCUAGUGGCUGCACUGCCACAGGGGUCGUCUGCCGGCAGUGGCGCCGCCAGCGCCGCAGGCGGCUGUAGCCCGCUGCCGGCAUGCGCGCACCAGCAGGCACCACGUGCCAGCAGCCCCGAUUCCUCGCAGCUACUCAUUCAGUUUGAUAGCGAGGACGAGGAAACGCUGCCGCCAGCUGGCUGCAAGGCUGACCACCCCGCACUGCUGCUUAACAACAGCAAUCACAGCAAUCCCCCUCCCAACACCCCACUCCUGCCAUCCAAGAAACCCCUUAGUGCACCCGCUGAACAUGCCCUUCCUCCUCCCACUGCUACCCUUGAGCCAGCACUGCCAUCACCGCCGCCGCCACCACCACCACCACCACCACCACCAUCUCCCCCGACACUCCCCAAAAAGAGCUUGGAUGGUGUGGUGCUUACUGAGACAUCUUUUGCCGGGGCGAAUCCCGUCACGCGCUCCCUUUCCUCUGCCACGCAUCCACGUGUCAGCAACGGUGGGAUCGCCGCACCCGUGGUGGUCAAGCGUACGCUGUCCAACUGCACAUCGAGCCAGCUUUCGCCGUGGCAUGUUGGCUCAGCCGAUGCUCCCGCCCCCAAACGGCAGGUUGAGAGGCGCACCAUCAUGACCACGGAGCUUUGACUGGAGGAGGGCCGUGUCCUUUUUUACUGAUUUUUAGUGCCACGGCCACUCUUGGUCGGGCUAGUGUGACGUGUACUGCCACUACAUUGCUGCACUGUGGGACCAGUGAAAUUGUAGAAGCUCGUAGUAGUUGGCACCACGUGCCUAGCUGCCAUGUACUUUUUGUUCUUAGUGAUUGCAUAACUGUCUCGUUUACAUACGCUGUUGCAUUACACGAUGAGCGUAACUGCACGUGUUGACUUGUCGGGCUGCAAUUUCUUGUGGCACAUAUGUGCCAGUGUUUCUUUCUCUCUUUUCUGUAAACAACUGCUCUUGCUAUGGCAUUGUAUGUUCCUCAUAGUCUUCAUAAUGUAGCCAACGGCUUUUCCAGCAGUUUCGUUUCAACAUAUAAAAUGUUCUGCAUAGUCCUUACUUGGGACAAGAGCUGCAGCUGCCAAUCAAGCCAACAUUAGUAAAGCUAUAAGAGUGCCUUUUAGCUUUACAUCUUUGUGGGGCCAUCAGCGCUGGCCUGCCUUCACAUGUGGUUGGUUGCUUACGUUAACACUUGCAGAUUUUUCACUUCAUGCCAGUUUAGUUAACACAUCUUCUGCUUGAACAAUGGGACAUUGUACUGGGGCAGCGUAAUGGCAGCAGCUGCAAUUCAUGCCUGUAUAUUUAGCAUCGCCUGCAGUCUUGACAUCCAAAAUGCCGAGAUAAGAUGUUUUGGCUGAGGAUCGCCUUUGCAUGGACAAUCUCGCACGUGCAUGUGUUUCCAGUGUGCCUGCCUCACCAAUCUUGCCUUAUUUCAUUCAGGAUGGGUCAUAAAACGAUGCAUUGUACCGUAGAGAUGCAGUAGCUGCAAGCAAAUCAAUGAGUCUUUUUUCAAGCAUUUUUGUGUUCAAGUAUCUGGGACAUAGCUUUUGAUGGUCGAUAGACUCUUAUUAUGAUACGGCUUGUAGCACAGGAGAGGCUGUGUGAAGGUUCGUUUUUUUUUUUCCAUUAACUUAGGGCAGCUAUUAAAGGGAUUUAGAUGUGUGGUUGGUGACGAUAAUGAUUUGCUUCAUCAGGCAUGGUUCUUCUAGAAUGUACAGUCGAGUUCAGUAUGAACUGCAAUACAGUGCGACGUUCUUUUGUGGUUCCGUAAUUUGGCCGCAUUCUUUCUUCGAAUAGUUGUACUAUGUAAUGCCAUUGCACCUGCCAACUUUUUACCCUCUUAUGGAUGUACACCCUUCUUUUAAAUGUUGAAAUUAUAUACUGAUCAGAAUCGUGGUUGUGAUCGUUGUUUUGCUUCUAGUUUUUAUUUUCGCUACAUCUGUCUUGGUUCCAGGUGCCAGCGGAUUCUGCUAACGACUUGCGUUUGUACAGUGCCACCUGUCUUACUUCUGUACUUCUUUUACACGACUGUUAGAUAUUUUUGGAAGGUUCUUUUAUGUAGAAGAUAUUUUAGCGAAUAUUUGGUGUUGUGCAAGAUGAGAAAGAUGAUUUUGACAGUUUACAAACUGUAUAUGACGUGUUUGAAGGACUCUGCUAUGACUCUUGUACUGUGGUUUUCUAGUUCUUUGCAAAUGGUUAAAGUGACUGUUUUUUUUGGUUUUUUUUUUAGCAACUCGCACAUUUGACAGAGUUGGAAAGAAAGCCUGUUAGAGACUGCACAAUAUUGUAAUAAGGUUCAUGACUCAAGCCACCUGCAAGGACAACAUUUCGUUGGGCUUGCUUCAGUAAACUGCUGUAGUCAUUUUCAGAAGUUUGAGUAAAUGCCUAGGUGACUUUCAAGGAUUAGUCACUUAAUCGAAUUGACUACCGACUUGUCAUCAAGAUAAUUAUUGCAAACGGAUUACAGUUAGGUUAUUGUGUUAUGUUUGUGAAUAUUUCGAAGAAGCAAUGGUAAGUUGCGAGUUUGCAUUGCGUUUGUUUUGUUAAGAUUCGCAUAGGUUUUCAAUGCACUGGGUUUAAAAUAUCUCACACCUCAGCAUUUUUACAGCCUUGCACUUUCGUCAUUGAAAAAUAGUAAACUGCCUGGGCCAUGUAAGUUGUGGUGCAGAGAGGUGAAUGCACUUUGAAGUUGGACUGCAGUCUGCCAUGCUGUAUGUUGCAAUAAUAAUUUUCUUUCCAUUUCGUUUUCCUUUUUCUUGAGCCUGACAAUAAGGGGCCACUUGCAGUGUAAGAGGUGCGGGCAGUGUUGCAACAAACUUUGUCUGCGCAAUCAUAUUACAAAUUUAGCAAUGUCAUUUGGCCCAGUGUUCAUAGUUGUACUAGCCUAUGCCAGGUUUCAGCAAACGUCACAUGUAAAAGGAGAUCGAGUUUGAAAAUCAAUUGCUGCAAAAUCUGGCCUCGAUGCUCAUUUCAGGUUGAUGUGCCUCUAUCUAUGAGCAGAUUUUUUUUACUCUUAAAUUUAUGAUAACCUUUACGAACUAAAAAGUAAGAGUGGAAGUGGCACUAUUAGGCACUACUGGUUGCGGGUGAUAGGUUUAGUGCUGGUUCUGGUAGUUGUUGUCCAGUCAAACGACUUAAUACUUCAGAUUGUAUAUUUGCUCGUUUCAGUUGAUUUUGGAAAGGUUGCUUCCAUUGCUUUUGCCAGCAGUGCACCAGGGCCAUGCGUGGCAAAUGAUGUCCAAGUUUGUAACUAAGGCUGAGCAGUAGUCAUUAUAUGUUUCAAUAAUAACGUAUAAUUAUGUUGUUAAGCGGUAACCUUUCCUACGCUCUAUGAUUUCGUCAAAGUGCAUGGCGUUGUAGUAACCAAGGGUAAUAACUUUCGCUGUUGAAACUAAAGGGGAGACCCUGCUUCUGAAACAUGUUUCUUGUUUUUGAUCGUAUCAUUAUGAAACUUUCACAGCUUAUGUAUUUUUAUGUGCUGAUUUCAAGCAUGCAAUUAUUGUUCUAAUACAAUAUGUAGUUUUGAAACUAUUAAAUGGUUUUUGUAUUGUUAGGAGCAGGCUUUAUUUUUAAACUGUGAGGGUUAUCAAGCAAAUCAGCCUAUCACAAUA